ACACACUAUUCAAUCUUUUAAACUGGUUCAGAUUUGUUUAAAGGUCAUUCAUUAUUAUAUUUUUUGAUGAAUUGUGUUUAAAUAAACAACAGCUAAGAAUGGAAAGAACACGUCAUUAGCUGUUAAAAACCAGUUGUUGUUAGUUUUUUUGCUGAAUGGUAUCGAUAUUGAAAUUAAUCAAUUAUAGGUGUGCACCAUGUCAUAAAUUGAAUCCACAACUAAUUCAAGAAGCUUAGAAGAACUGUGAAAAAUGGUAGCUAGCCCUCGUUAAUGUAGAUAAUGAGGAGCUCUAUGACGUUGUAUAAUAAAUAGCGGUAUUGUUUAAUAUUGAUUUUAUUUAGAAGGCCUAAAUUCCAUCUGUUCAUCUUCUUAAUAGAGGAACUUCUAUUGACUCUAUGACUGGAUAUAGUGAAAGAAAAACAAAAUCCUUUAUAAAUAGGGUUUGCAGUUGAUUUUAAUU